CGCGCCCCCAACCUUGAACGGUAUCAUUUGGAAGUACCUGUGCUGUAGAGGUAGUACUUCUACUAAAUAGAAAGGCAUAACCGGAAGUCGUCAAGUAGUUGUCCGCUAGCUUGACAGCUCUGUAGUUCGGAGAGAGCUAUGGCUGACACUCUUUGUUGACCAAGUGGCCGUAGUAUUGCAAUUAUAAUAGUGUUCUGGUGGCGCGACGGCGACCACUACCGUCAUUUCUACUAAUUAUUCCCACGGGUAGAACGAAAGUGGUCGCGUUCGCCUCCCCAAGAGGGCCUUAAUUCGCGGUUAGCUAACGCGAGGGUGUUAGCUCCGCUCCGCUAGGAUGUCGCUGCACGGCAAGAGAAAAGAAAUCUACAAAUACGAGGCGCCAUGGACGGUCUACGCCAUGAACUGGAGCGUGCGGCCGGACAAACGCUUUCGCUUGGCGCUGGGAAGCUUCGUGGAAGAAUACAACAACAAGGUCCAGCUGGUGGGUCUGGAAGAGGAGAGCUCAGAGUUUGUGUGUCGGAACACCUUCGACCACCCGUAUCCUACCACCAAGAUCAUGUGGAUCCCGGACACUAAAGGGGUCUACCCGGACCUGCUGGCCACCAGUGGGGAUUACCUGCGCAUCUGGAGGGUCAGUGACACAGAAACACGUCUCGAAUGUUUGCUGAACAACAACAAGAACUCAGACUUCUGCGCGCCGCUCACAUCCUUCGACUGGAACGAGGUGGACCCUAACCUGCUGGGCACGUCCAGCAUUGACACCACCUGCACCAUCUGGGGUCUAGAGACAGGUCAGGUUCUAGGCCGCGUCAACCUGGUGUCGGGACACGUCAAGACGCAGCUCAUUGCCCACGACAAAGAGGUGUACGACAUCGCCUUCAGUCGGGCGGGCGGUGGCCGCGAUAUGUUCGCCUCAGUGGGCGCCGACGGCUCGGUGCGCAUGUUUGACCUGCGGCAUCUGGAGCACAGCACCAUCAUCUACGAGGACCCCCAGCACCACCCGCUGCUGCGCCUCUGCUGGAACAAGCAGGACCCCAACUACCUGGCCACUAUGGCCAUGGACGGCAUGGAGGUUGUGAUCCUGGACGUGCGUGUGCCGUGCACGCCGGUGGCUCGCCUCAACAACCACCGAGCCUGUGUCAACGGCAUUGCUUGGGCGCCACACUCCUCAUGUCACAUCUGCACUGCAGUAGCCGACGACCACCAGGCUCUGAUCUGGGACAUCCAGCAGAUGCCGCGUGCCAUCGAGGACCCCAUCCUGGCGUACACGGCCGAGGGCGAGAUUAACAACGUGCAGUGGGCGUCCACGCAGCCCGAUUGGAUCGCCAUCUGCUACAACAAUUGUCUGGAGAUCCUGCGUGUCUGAAUGGAGAAUUCCUUCUUCUGUGGACUCGGAGUGAACUGUUUCGAGUGGACAUACUCCGCAAUAAGCCUGGCUUUUUUGUCUUUGACGCCAUUUCUCUUCUUCUUCUACUACUUCUACAUGUGCUCCAGCUCUUUAUUUAUUCUGCUCUCCGGGUAGAUGUCUUGUAGUACCAAGGAGCUUCAGUUCUACGGUGACAAGAAAAUUAAUAAUUGCACCACGAUUUGUCAUAUUUUUUAGGGGGGAAAAUAUUUAACAAACGGUAUAUUUUAGAGAUGUUUUAAAUAUAUUUCUUAGUGAAAAAAUUCCGAACUUUUUGAGGGAAGAAAUUACUGAGAACAUUUUUUUAAUUGGCGGCACGGUGGAUGACUGGUUAGAGCAUCAGCCUCACAGUUCUGAGGACCGGGGUUCAAUCCCCGGCCCCGCCUGUGUGGAGUUUGCAUGUUCUCCCCGUCCCUGCGUGGGUUUUCUCCGGGCACUCCGGUUUCCUCCCACAUCCCAAAAACAUGCAUGAAUUGGAGACUCUAAAUUGCCCGUAGGUGUGAAUGUGAGUGCGAAUGGUUGUUUGUUUGUAUGUGCCCUGUGAUUGGCUGGCAACCAGUUCAGGAUGUACCCCGCCUUCUGCCCAAUGAUAGCUGGGAUAGGCUCCAGCGCGCCCGCGACCCUAGUGAGGAGAAGCGGCUCAGAAAAUGGAUGGAUGGAUGGAUUUUUUUAAUUUCAGGGAUUUUUUUUUUUUUGUUUGAUCGAAAAUCUGUUAUUUUCUAGAGAAGUCGUAAUUAUAUAUAUAUAUAUAUAUAUAUAUAUAUAUAUAUAUAUAUAUAUAUAUAGAUUAUAUUAUAUAUUGAAGUCAGAAUUUAACAGGAAAUGGCGUGUGUUUUUUACAAUUAUCAGAAGCUGGAGUGAACAUUACUACUUGAUGAGCCAGCAUGUUUAUCACAGUGUCAGACUAUGCUUGUAAAAUAUCGUAAGAAAAUCUCAAAUAUCAAACACAUUUUUCUAAGAAAUCUGAUUUUUUUUUCUCUUUAAAAAUAUCCACAUUCUCUGGAAAAUUUAUAUUUUUUUUUUACCCCAAAAUAUAUUUUAUUUAAUAUUUUUAAAAGUGGCACGGCGGAAAACUGGUUAGAGCGUCUGCCUCACAGUUCUGAGGACCGGGGUUCAAUCCCCGGCCCCCCCCCUCUGUGGAGUUUGCAUGUUCUCCCCAUGCCUGCGUGGCUUUUCUCUGGGCACUCCGGUUUCCUCCCACAUCCCAAAAACAUCCAUCCAUUUUCUGAGCCGCUUCUCCUCACUAGGGUCGCGGGCGUGUUGGAGCCUAUCCCAACAACCAUUCGCAUUCACAGUCACACCUAUGGGCAAUUUUAGAGUCUCCAAUUAAUGCAUGUUUUUUGGAUGUGGGAGGAAACCGGAGUGCCCGGAGAAAACCGCCGCAGGCACGGGGAGAACAUGCAAACUCCACACAGGCGGGGCCGGGGAUUGAACCCAGGUCCUCAGAACUGUGAGGCUGACGCUCUAACCAGUCAUGCAUCGUGCCGCCCAAAAACAUCCAUGGUAGGUUAAUUGACAACUCUAAAUUGCCCGUAGGUGGGAAUGUGAGUGCAAAUGGUUGGAUGUUUGUAUGUGCCCUGCGAUUGGCUGGCAACCAGUUCAGGGUGUACCCUGUCUCCUGCCCGAUGAUAGCUCCAGCACACCCGCGACCCUAGUGAGGAGAAGCGGCUCAGAAAAUGGAUGGAUAUAUGGAUGUUUUUAAAUUCCCAUAGUUUUCUUGAUUUUUUUUCUUGAAUUUUUUUUCUCAGAUGUCUUUUUUUUCCCUGAAAUUUUGUUUGUCUCAAACUUUCCCCUCUCCAAUACUUCAUUGUUUAAUUUUUUCCCCUCUAAAAUCAAAUUUUUUCCUGGAAAAUAACACUGCUUCCUUGAAAAUAUACAUUUUCCUCCUAAAAAAUAUACGACUUUAAUCUGGUAGCGUUAUUUCUUUUCAAAGUGUCCCUGAUAUUCCUCAGUAUGGUAAUACUUGGAACACAGAAGAAGGUUUUGACAAUAUUCGUGAGAUGAGCUCCAUGAUUUUGGUUGGUUGUUGUGAAGACUGAUUACGGAUUCCACCUUGUUCUUCCACCGGUGGUUCAAGGGUCGCUACUUAGACUCUUCCCAUGGACAGCAGCAACUCCUGACUGUGUUCAUUUCUUUGUAAACGCCUCAGCUCCUUUUCUUACAUCACUCGCCUGUGCCGAAAAAAAUUACGUUUGUCCUCUCGUCUUGUUCCACGCAUCGAGGUCGUGUCCUUGUAGCAUGCCAUUACAAGGCAAGGAAAAAAAAGUGUACAUACAUAUAAAUUAAUCCAUUUAAACAUGUCCGAUAGGGAAGUGAUCAAGUUGUAGCCUUUGUUUUUUGCAUUAGGUCUCAUGGAAUUUGCUCUAAUAAAUUGUAUUCCUCCA